GCGAGAGGCGGCGGCCAGGAGCGGCCAAGGCUGGGGGCCGGGGCCAUGGCAGGGGAGGGGGCUGCGGGCGCCGCAGCCGCCGAAGGGAAGGAGGCCGGGGGCGGCGGCGGCUACGACCGCAAGUGCGUGUUCUGCAGGAUCGCUCGCCGGGAGGAGCCGGGCACGGCGCUCUUCCCCAGCGAGUAUGAAGACCUUGUCUGCUUUAAGGAUAUCAAACCUGGUGCCCCCCACCACUACCUGGUGGUGCCGGUGGAGCACCUGGGAAACUGCAAAACGCUGAAGACAGAGCACAUACCACUAGUGAAGAGAAUGAUGGAAGUUGGGAAAGCUGUCCUCCAGAGGAAUGAUGUUAGUGACUUGAGUGAUAUAAGGAUGGGUUUUCACUGGCCUCCCUUCUGCUCCAUAGCCCACUUGCAUCUCCAUGUCCUGGCCCCAGCCAGCCAGCUGGGAUUCUUAUCCAGACUCUAUUACAAGAUCAAUUCCUACUGGUUCAUCACGGCUGAACAACUCCUUGAGCGACUGCAAACUACAAAUGCUGCCAGCUGAGAGCACUCUGAGCCCUUUGUCACCAGCCAGCUGGUUCUUUGAACUCUGAUUUAAGGUUGCACAGUUUGAUGUUGCCAAUAAUACACCAGGAUAAAAAAAGCUUUAGUUCCUUAUGAGGAAAUGAACAGAGGUUAUGUGGCUGCCAGCCUGACACUCUCAGUGGGAUACUGGACCUCUGGACUUCUACUGGACUGAAGCCUCUGAACUUCUCUGACAUGAAGGUGAUGUGUUUUAACUCUGAUUUUAUGUUUGUGUACCUGUACAUACAGAAUUCAUGCACACAUGCAGGGAACUUUGCCCAGUAGUGGAGGGCAGGGUGUAACAGCAGGAUGCCUUGCUACCAAGGCUGUAAGUUACCACUGACAGCAGGCACCACAGGAAAUGCUUGUGGUGGGAUCCAGCUUUGGUUUGAGAGGUGCAUUCUCCUGGGGUGUACAGCUGACAUUCCCCACCUGUGCUUGUAUGAUCCUUACACCAGGUUGGGAGCAGCUACAUUGCUGAAGGUACCCUACAGACUGAACCACUUUAUUACCUCUCUCAGUUGCAUGCCAGAGAGACAGUAAAUGUUCAUACAAUAGGUGCCCAAGGUGAGAUGCAAUAGAACAUCCAACACAGUGUGUAAGGGGCUGGCUGCUGGGCUUGAAGAUUGUUUCCCCCUGAUGUGCAUGAUGUUGUCUGUGUGUUGGCCAAAAAAAUGAAGAGCUCAGAGGAGUUGAUCUUUAGUUCAUUUAUUAAUUUCUACUCUUCUCCAUGAUGGCAGGGAAAAAAC